UGUCUGCGAACAGGUUUGGUCCAUAAGUUUCAGGUAGAUAUGUUGGCAAGAAUAAGCGUUGCUGUGUUUUUGAUAUCACUCGUAGUAGUCUACAUUAUUUAUACCCAAUCAUACCAAGAAUUCAUCUCAAGACAGCGCAAGAUAUCAUCAGACAUUCAAUAUAACAAUAAUAAUGAUUAUUUGGUAUUCAGUCCAAAAUGCAAAAUACCAAACUUACAACCGUUCAACAAAGACACUGAUGGAUUUAAAUUUAAUUCAUUAUACCAAAAAUGCUCCAUUUACCCACUGCUGUCCUUUCUAACAAUAGAAAACAACCAAGCAAUUUUACACAUUAAUCGAAGUGCCGCACUGUUUUACAGUCCGCAUGAUAUAUCAUGCUGCUACAGUUACAUCAAAAGAGGCUCCGACAUCGACAACCCCGAUGAUAAAAUUGAAUUGACACCCUGUAUUACGUUCCAGAACAGUGUGCAAUGUUCCCAAGAUACAAUACUUGUAAAGUGUGUGGUAGCUGAGACGAAUACGCCUGUAUAUAAGAACAUUCACGAACCUAUUACAAUAAAGGAAAGUGUAGUAAGCAAACUGAGCAAAAACGAACGUGUAAGCGUCUUGUCUAUCGGAAUUGACAGCGUCUCACGGCUGCAAUUCAUGCGCGCUCUACCACUCACAUUCGCUCAUUUACAAAAAAAUGACUGGAUAGACUUCCGAGGCUACAACAAGAUUGGAGACAACACUUUCCCUAACCUAAUGGCGAUACUGACCGGAAUGAAUGAAACUAAAGCAUCCGAGACAUGCAACCCGAAUAAACUGGGGUCCUUCGACAAUUGCAAAAUGAUCUGGUACGAUUACCAAAGCUCAGGUUUUGUAACCGCUUACGCUGAAGACGCGUACAAAAUUGGCACAUUCAACUAUCUCAAGAAAGGCUUUCGGCGACCGCCGACCGACUAUUAUUUUCGACCGUAUUUAAUGAGCACAGAACAAUGGUUAGAUGUAGAGAAACUUGACGGAUUGAACUACUGCACUGGACCAGAAUCGGCCGGAGAACGAGUUUUUGAUUUGAUCACUGCUUUUGCCAAAACUUUCGCGACUUAUCUUUACUUUGGGUUUUUCUGGAUGAAUUCUUUCAGUCACAAUGAUCUGGGAACAGUGUCACGGAUGGACUAUAAACUGCGAGAACUUCUCGGUUAUCUUCAGGAAAAUCACUUGUUGGAUAACACCAUUGUUUUCUUCUACAGCGACCACGGAUUUCGCUUUGGCGAAUUCAGGUAUACUACGACCGGAUGGUUGGAGGAGAAGUUGCCAUUUUUGUUUGUGCACCUACCGCGCAACUUUCAAGAGAAAUACCCAGCAGAAGCGGCCAAUUUAAAAAUGAAUAGUAACAAACUGACGACACCCUACGAUUUUCACAUGACCCUGCAGGAUAUUUUGUUGAUGAGCAAGGGGAACCACACAGUAACGCCGAGCAGUGGAUGCCCCACUUGCCGGUCAUUUUUCACACCGAUCAGUGAGGACCGAUCGUGCGAGGACGCCAGUAUCGCCCAGCAUUGGUGCAGCUGUAGGGGGUAUAAGAAAUAUCCCGAAAAUCACACUUCCGUACAGUUAGCUAUAAAGUACGUACUUCACCAAAUGCACGAGACAAUACAAUCUUAUAAAAACGAAUCCAAAAAAUGUGCCGAAUUCAAAUUAUUCAAAGUCAUGUCAUCCAGUAUUUCGGACAAUCAUUUCGAUAACAAUACAUAUCUUUUAUUGAGGAUGAAACUUAUGCCGUCGUCCAUAUUCGAAGCUACAGUGAGUGUAGAAAAAAAUGGGACGUAUAUUUUUCGAUUGCACGGUACCGUUAGCCGUCUUGAUUAUUACGAAUCGUAUAGUAAAUGUGUCCAUGAUAGUAAUUUAAAAAAAUAUUGCUAUUGUAAAUGAUGAAGAAUUAAGAAACCUACCAAGAGUGCUCCAAACCUUUUAUAUGCAGUGAUAUUCAUGUAGAAGUAGACAUAGGAAUUUCCUAUCUACUUUUACAUGAUAAAAAGUCUCCUGAAAGACGCCUAAUUUUAUGCAACCAAAGUAACUACUUACAACAAAUGAGGAUCUGCCUAUCAUAUUAAUUUUGAAUAUUAUCGCUUUUGACCUGCCUAUUCUACUUUCGAUUCAACUAAAGAAAAAGUUAUUUCAAAUUGGUAUAGUGCCGAUAACAGU